AUGAUCAAUCUCCAAAAGUCCUCCAUUACCUUCUCAAAAAAGAAACCACAAGACAUCCGAGACAGAGUGAAGAACUCAAUUGGAAUUACAAGAGAAGGGGGCCAGGGAAAGUAUCUAGGCCUAUCUGAGAGUUUUGGCCGAAGGAAAAAGGACCUCUUCAACCUUAUAAUCGAUCGCAUGCGACAACGCUCAAUUAGCUACUCCUCGAGAUUCCUUUCAAGUGCUGGGAAGCUAGUCAUGCUCAAAUCCGUGCUUUCGGCAAUCCCCACCUAUUCGAUGUCGUGCUUCAAGCUACCUGCAGAGUUAUGUAAGCGCAUACAAUCAUCGCUGACUAGGUUCUGGUGGGAUGAUAAACCCGAUAAGAAAAAAAUGUGUUGGCUCUCAUGGAGAAAACUUACAAGAUCCAAGAAGCAAGGGGGACUGGGUUUCAGAGAUAUCCAAAGCUUCAAUGAUGCCCUCCUAGCGAAGAUUAGUUGGAGAAUAAUCCAAAACCCUGAUUGCCUUCUCAGCCGAGUCCUCAAAGGGAAGUAUUGUCUGGACCAUGAUUUCCUCUCGGUGAAACCCAAUUCUUCACCAUCCCACAGAUGGAGAGGAGUCCUAAUUGGACGAGACCUCAUCGUGAACCAGCUAGGACGGGUUAUAGGAGACGGUCUCUCAACCUCCCUGUGGAUGGACCCAUGGCUCUCUACGGAACAUCCAACCAAACCUACUGGACCACCAAACAAAAACCAAGAAGAUCUGAAGGUUGCAAGUUUGCUAAAAGAGGAGACCAAUGAUUGGGAUAGAGAAAAGAUCCAGCAAAUCCUACCUCACCUCUUGGAAGAAAUUUUGAAAAUCAGAACAAGUCGGAAAGGCGCCCACGACUCCUAUGUGUGGCUUCUGACAAAAUCUGGGGAGUAUUCCGUCAAGACAGGCUACUACGCCUCUUUGUCUAUGCAUGAGCUUCCUGAAGACUACCAAUCUAUUCAACCAAUCAACUGGAUUUCAGUCAUUUGGCAAGGCAAAUUCUCUCCUAAAAUGAAAGUAUUCUUGUGGAAAACAAUCCAGGAAGCGUUACCUGUGGGCGAAAAUCUCCUUAAUCGUGGCCUUCUAGACAACGCUUGCUGCAUACACUGCGGCGAGUUGGAAACUACGGAACACCUGUUUUUCCGAUGUCCAUAUGCUUCCGAGGUCUGGAUCCAAACACCGCUCACCACCACCGUUAACCCAAACCAAAACCAAACUUUUGCGGAGACACUGAUCGCGUCAAGAGCCUGGACCUGCCUACCACCCACGGGCUUAGGAUCUGGUCCGCUUUUCCCCUGGAUUUGCUGGUCUAUAUGGAAGGCACGCAACACCCUCAUCUUCGAAGACCGGCGCAUCCCACCUACAGAAACUGUUCUAAAAGCAAUCAGAGAGGCAAAGGAUUGGCAAUCGGCUCAGAUCUUGAAAAAAUCAGUAACCAAGAGCUUUACCUCUCCCAACCCACAACCAGGAGAGUCCGGAAUCGUUACAUGCUUCUCAGACGGAGCCUGGUGCAAGGACACUGGCAUCGGAGGUUUUGGCUGGAUCUUCGUCGACACAAACAGAGCGGAAGUGAACAGAGGGUCCUCAGCAGAACGAUUCGUCACAUCCUCGCUUAUGGCAGAAGCGCUAUCUAUUCGAUCUGCCCUAAACCACACCCUGGAGGAAGGAAUUAGCAACAUCCACCUCAAAUCCGACUCGCAAGACCUCAUCCGAGCCCUGAACAUGCAUGUCCAGAUCAAGGAGAUCUAUGACAUCCUUUUCGACAUCCACUCCCUUGCUUCUUUGUUUACCUCGAUCUGGUUCGGUUUCGUACCUAGAUCCGAAAAUGCAUCGGCUGAUUCGAUCGCCAAGUUUGCAAAAUGUCGUUUAAUUUCCUCGUCUUCAUCUGGGCCCCAUCCCGGUUUGUAG